ACAACAUCAAAGUUCUGCAAACAGCGGAGCUGGUCCUCAUCCCGGAGCGGCAGACAAGUUGCUCUGCCUUUUCCACAGCCAGGGCUUGUCCCCCAGCCUGCUCCCUGCUUUGUCAGUGUGUCCCCGUGGUGGCGGCCAGCUGGCCAGGUUGACACAAGAGCCCCUAUUGAGCGGCAGGGACAAUCCUGGCCCUGCCGGGUGCUGCGGCAGGCGGAGCAGCCGCUGCAGCAGGCAGUGAGAGGCAAAAUGGCUCUGGCUGUGCUCUUGGCAGCGCUCCUGGGAGUUGUUGUUAUUGUCAAGUGGUUUUUGUUUCAGCCUAGAAACCCGAGCUCCCCUCCUUGCAUCGGGAGCUGGAUCCCUUGGUUUGGAGCCGCGUUCCAGUUUGGGAAAGCUCCCCUGGAGUUUAUAGAGCAAGCCAGAAGCAAGCACGGGCCUGUAUUCACAAUAUUCGCUCUGGGAAAACGGUUUACUUUUGUGACUGAGGAAGAAGGAGCUGAAGCCUUUUUUAAAUCUAAAGACUUAAAUUUCGAACAGGCGGUACAACAAGCUGUUGAGAAUGCAGUUUCUGUUCCUGCAGAAGCCUUUUAUCAGAAUCACGGUACCCUGUACAGCAUGAUGAAGGGAAAAAUGGGUCCUUCUAAUCUGCACAUGUUCACGGGCACUUUGUGUAGGGAACUGCAUGAGCACAUGGGACACCUGGGCACCAAGGGCGCAGGCGACCUGAAUGACCUGGUGAGGCACGUCAUGUAUCCAGCAGUGGUGAACACUCUGUUUGGGAAAGGUGUCUGCCCGACAAGUCAGAGUGAACUCAAGGAGUUCGAAGCACAUUUUCAGAAGUACGAUGAGGACUUCGAAUACGCUUCGCAGAUGCCAGAGUGCUUCCUGAGGAACUGGUCUAAAUCCAAAAAAUGGCUUCUAAAAUUAUUUGAGAAAGUAGUGUCGGAUGCUGAAAGGACCAACCCUUCAGAGACCACAUCCAAGACUCUACUGCAGCAUCUCCUGGAUAAUUUACAAGAAAAACAUCUGGCUCCCAGUUACGGUCUCCUAAUGCUCUGGGCUUCCCAAGCAAAUGCUGUCCCUAUUGCAUUUUGGACCCUCGUUUUCAUAUUGUCUUAUCCUUCCAUUUACAAGAAAACCAUGGAAGACCUGACUUCUGUUUUUGGCAAAGCAGGUAAAGAUAAAAUAGAAGUCUCUGAAGAGGACCUUAAGAACCUCCCUUUUAUUAAAUGGUGCACUUUGGAAGCCAUACGGCUGAGGUCUCCAGGUGCAAUCACCAAGAAAGUUGUAAACCCAAUAAGAAUUCAGAAUUUCACCGUCCCUGCAGGUGAUAUGUUGAUGCUGUCUCCGUAUUGGCUGCACAGGAAUCCAAAAUACUUUCCUGACCCAGAAAUGUUCAAACCUUUUCUUCCCACAGGAUCGUUGGAAAGAGGCAAAUUUAGAGAAGAAUGCUUUCUUGGACAGCUUUGUGGCAUUUGGAGGAGGGAAGCAUCAGUGUCCAGGAAGGUGGUUUGCCAUCAUGGAAAUUCAGUUGUUCGUUGUGUUGUUCCUAUACAAAUACGAAUUUGUGCUUUUGGAUGCGGUACCAAAGGAGAGCCCUUUACAUUUGGUGGGGACACAGCAACCCAUGGCACCAUUCCGGGUCCAGUAUAAAUGCCGGGAAUGAAAGCGGCCCAGUACUAACUCACCUCGCUUUGCCAGCCCCGGCUGGAUGAAUGCACCGCUGAGUUGCUUCUCUACCCUACCCAAAUAGGUUCUCUGCCAUAAAAGUUCUCAAUUUCAACUUGGAAUGCUGUACAUACUCUGUGUAUGCCAUGACAGUACAGUCAUAUCUGGGCUCUUCUUCCUGAUUGCCUACCUCCUAGUAUUUAAAAAUCAAGCUCUCUGCUGCAUUCAGAAUUUGCGGGCCAAAUUAUUCGCAUACUUUGCUAGUCUAACUGAUGCACUAAACUCACGCAGCAAACAUUCAGGACAAAAAGCUGCUACAUUUGGAAAUCCAGCAUGGAAAUUUUGUUAGAACCAGGAGAAAAACGGGUCCCUUGUGAAAGGUCACUGCUUCCUGCGGGUUUCUUCGAGCCAAGGCCAAGGUGGUGCCUCAGGCUGAGAAGUCAGUGGUAAUUCUCUGUGGUUCCCUGGCUUUGCUGUGCACGAGGCAGGAGGGUGCUGAGCAGAGACCUCUGGAUCAGAUCCUUGGCCACCAUAAAUCAGCAUCAUUUAUGUCCUGUUGCUUGUGUAGGUCAUGGAGGAGCUGGCCUAUCCCACCUAUAACUGGGGCCAAUGUAUUGCAAAUAAAUUCAUUAAUAACAGAACAGUUGUAAGUGCGAGAAGUAACUGGGGUGUUGUUCCACUGGAGCACCUAACAUUUCACUGAGCUUUAUUUGCUUCACAGGAUUCAGAACUGGACCUUGCGUAAAUAUGCAAUGAAAGCUUGAUCGUGAUGUUUGGCUGCCAAUGCAGAGAUUGCAAGAAAAGCCAUCGCUGUUCAUCAGAUCGCUUGUCUGAGCUCUAGAACAUUUUUUAACAAAACUUACAAAACAACUUGCACAAAUCUAAAAAGAUGUAAUCCUAUAAAGAACACCUAGUAAAAGUUGUUCAAGGAAGCUGUCAAGUAAGUUCAGAUAGCAACACUUUAACUGCUGUCAGAUUUCAUAUAAAAUAAUAGCGGGCAUGUAUUUUUAGUCUUUCAAGUAAAGAUUAUUCAUCAUUUGCGAAAUAUUUGUAAAAAAAAAAAACAAAUGCGCUUUCAGAAACACUUGAAACUAUGAGAAUAACAUCCAUAGGAAAAUAUCUCUUGUAAUUCAUUAAAUGAUUGGCUUAUCUCAGCUACAGGCACGACAAUUUAACAAACUUUAAUGAUUUAUGUGUCUGGGAAACGAUUCAUCCAAUAUUUAAUUUAGCUUAUAAUGCUUAACUCUGCAGGAAUUGUACUCUUAACUGCUGUUUCAGAAUUGCUGUGGUAACUGAGAACCAUUCUCUUGGUUUUCAUCUCUGGUCAUUACCCAAAGUAUGUAUUCUAAUUUUAACAUUUGGAAACGUCCACAGUAUCUGUCCAGGUAUCUUGUAGUUUAGCAAAACUAAACAAUUAUUUCUCAUGUGCUUUUUUAAAUUAUUUUUUUCCAUUUAGUAUUUUUAUUUAUUAUGUUUUUUCCCAAGAGAGGCUAGCUCAUAAAAGCAGAAUUCUCUGAUGGCAAACUUGACUACAGGUCAAAGGUCCCUAGAGGGAAGUAUAACCUGAAGGUCAGCAUCGGUUUGGUUACGCUGAAUAAAAGGCA